AUGGUUAUGGACAAACCAUACACAAAACUAAGCCUUUCGAAAUUGACCUUCAGAGCAUACUCUGUUAUGAAGACGUUGAAAGUUAUAAGAAUUCUGGGCAUUUUUCUUGGAAUCUUUGCAGACCUUACUGUCAUCGAAGGUAAUUUAUGCAAUGACAUCCUAGCCAGUAAGCUGCAUGUCUUUCCGGACAGUUCUACAGCCUGUUUUUGGUUAAGCUUAAUGGCGAUGAAUUUUACAGACACUGAAGCCCAAUGCCAAAAAGAUCAAGGAUACCUAGCAUAUAUUCCAGAUUCUACCGUAUAUGACACCGUGCUUAGUCUUAUACAACAAUUUGGAGAUACCAGUUCGACGGCAAAUUAUUUUCUAGGAUAUACGGAAUGGGCCGGAUACUUGUAUUCAUUGUCUGGGAUCUUAAUACAGUACAGUAAUUUUCAUAGUUCACAACCUGACAGAGAAUCGGAAAUGUGCAUUAUGAUGUCUGGAUCUGAAGGGUAUUACUAUGACGUACUCUGCAGCAACAGAAUCUACGGUGUUUGUUCUUCACUCUUUAAUUCUGCAAGUAGUGCAGACACAACGACCGAAGGGGUUAUAACCACUGAGAUCUCAACAGCCUUAUCCACGUACCACAACUCAGAAUGUAUUUGUUCCUGUCCUGUGACCUAUGACCUGAACCCAAAGGUCAAUCUCACGGCGGAACAGGAGGCCGAGAUAUUGGAAAUAAAACAAAACCUCACUGUGGAGAAGUCCACCCUUUCGAGUUCAGUGCGCAGGCGCACCAGUGCUCCAGAUGAUCGGAAAUCUUCACAAGCUAUGGGCUUUCUAGGAGUCUGCUUUUUAACAUUUACUUUUGGUUUAGUCGUUUUGGCUGAUUGUUCUCGGAUUAUAAAUUUAAUGAACUGUGAGAGGAAAUAA